AUGAACGUCAAUGCGCGCAUGGGGAAGAAGUCUGCGUCGACGCGCGGCUCGGUGCGAACGUCCAUGACGGCCAGCGGCUCUGCAAAGGCCAAGGGCCGCAAGAAGCCGAUCGCGCCGCCCCGCAUUCGCCACUUGGCUCUCAAGAAGGUCGCGCAAGAGCUCACGCAGUACGAGACCGGGUACAACAACGUGCAAAUCGCCGCCGAGGGUAGCGCGCAGACCCGGUCGGUCAAGAGCGCGCCGCCGCUCGAGAGCGUCCAUGGGUCGUCGAUUCGCAGGUCGAUGCUCAAGAUCAAGGCCAGGGCGCAGAGCCCGAAGACGUACGUCAUCGACCCGAAAAGCGCGCGUGCGACGCAGUGGGACGUCUUCAUGGCGGUCCUUAUCGCGUACAGCGGUAUCACAGUGCCACUCGGCGUGUGUUUUCCGGGGCUCCAAGUGGCCUCGGGACUCUGGGCCACGGUCGACAACUUUGUCGAUGGCUUCUUUGGCGUUGACAUUGUGCGCAACUUUAUGAUGGGGUACCACGACGAGCAGGACCAGCUCGUCGUCAACCACCGAGAGAUCGCCAAGCAGUACGUCAAGACGUGGUUCCUGAUCGACUUUUUCUCGACGUUUCCGCUGCAAGCCGUCGCGACGGCCACGAACGCGACCCUCGGCGACUCGAACUCGAUUCAGCUCAUCCGCAUCUUCCGCGUCUUUCGCAUCCUCAAGCUCACGCGGCUCGUCAAGCUCCGUGUCUUCUUUAAAACGGCUGAAGAUCGGUUCGGCUUCAACCCCGGCAUGGUGCGCCUCGUCCGCCUCAUCAUGCUCGUGCUCUUCCUCUCGCAUGUCAUGGCCUGCUUCUUCCAUUUGCUCGGCGGCCCCGUGGAUCCGCCAUUGGGCCGCCGCCUCUCGCUCAGUCCCACCUCAGAUUAUUCGACGUACCGGCCCAACGUGACAUGGCUCCAAGACGACGACCUUCGCUUCGAGCGCGACAGCAUCCGGUACAUGUACAGUCUCUACUGGGUCAUGACGACGCUCGCCGGCGUUGGCUUUGGCGACGUCCACGCAGUCUCAGUCUCGGAGCGCCUGUAUGCAACGAUUGCCAUGAUGAUUGGCGCGUCCGUCUUUGGCUUUGUCAUCGGCUCCAUCUCGUCGCUGCUCGAGUCCAUGGACACGCGAGCGGCAGCGUACCAGAUGAAGAUGAUGGACGUCAAGGAGUACAUUCGCGUGCACAAGCUGCCCAACGAGCUGCGGGUCAAGCUCUGCCGGUACUUUGAGCACUACCUCCAGCGCGCCUCGCUCUUUGACGAGUCGUCGAUUCUCAGCGAAGUGUCGCUCAAUCUGCGCAACGAAGUUGUCCACGAAACGUGCCGCGAUAUUUUUCGGAUUCCCGCCAUUCGCAACAUCAAUGCCCAAUUUGUCAUGGACAUGGCCACCAACAUCAAGCCGCUCUUCCUCUUGGCCGACUCGGUCAUUGCCAAAGAGCACACGGUGGGCCGGGAAAUGUACUUUUUGAACUCGGGCAUAGUCUCGGCGUGCAACUCGACGAUCCAAGGCCAUCGCGUCCUUCUCGACGUGCUCAGCGAAAACACCUAUUUUGGCGAAGCCCCGCUGCUCUUCUACUGUCUCCGCGAGAAUACGUACAUUAGCCUCACGAAUUGCGAAAUGUACACACUGCUCAAGGAAGACUUUGGCGCGCUCUUGGAAGAGUACCCCGACACGGAGAGAAUUCUUACCGAGUACUACGACCUCCGCAAGAAGAAUUACAUGGACACCCACGCCAUCAUGAUGCAGCGCUACGCGAUGUUCGACAAGUGCAAGGACGACCCGGGGCAGCUCCGGCGCGUCGAAGACCUCUGGCCGCACCUCAAAAUCUCGUUGAAUGGGACGCCGCUGCCGAUUGAGCAGUUUCCCGCGCACAUUUUGAAGCUGUUGCCCCACUUUCUAAGCCCCCGCGUCUCGGUGUUCAACUCUGUCUUUUCAAAAAAAGUCAUUUUGGACGGUAUGAAGCCCAAGUACGAGAAAGCGUUUACGCAACCCAAGCGACUGCGCGCGCUCAUUCGUCCGCACGCCCCAUGGAAGCUGCGCUGGGACAUCCUUCUCGGCGUCUUGAUCGUCUACAACGUCAUGAGCAUCCCUUUUCAAUUCGCAUUUCAAGGCGGCUACAUGGGGGACAUGACCGUCGACCCGGUCGUGAUUAUGUUGGACUAUUGCGUCGAUAGUGUGUUUGGGCUUGACAUCGUCCUCAACUUUCGAACCGGGUACCUCGACGACGAGAGUCAGCUCGUCAUGGACGCCCAGAAGAUUGCCAAACGCUAUCUCAAAUUUUGGUUUUGGAUCGACGUGGCCUCGACGUUUCCGAUUGGAGCUGUCGCGGACGCCAUGAGCCCGUCCGCCGCGCAGCUGAAUGCGACGACCGUCUCGUCGUUCCAGAAUCUCAAACUCAUUCGCUUCGUGCGCCUCGCGCGGCUGCUCAAACUCAUGCGCCUCCUCAAACUCAAUCGCAGCGUGAGCAGUGUCGAGAACGUCUUGGACUUGAGCCCUGCCGCCAUUCGCCUCAUGAAGCUCUUUGUGCACGUGUGUUUUAUCGCGCAUCUCUCGGCCUGCAUCUUCUUUUUUAUCGGGCAGCUCUCGCAGCAGAUCUAUGGCGAGUGCUGGAUCAGCCCGACGCUGUGGACGGCGCCGGCGUUCGACAAGUACGUCACGUCGCUUUACUUUAGCUUCACGACCAUGGCAACGGUCGGGUACGGCGACAUUUUGCCCGUGACGCCGCUCGAAGUCAUCUACGUGACGUUCUACAUGCUGCUUGGCGCGUCGAUUUUCGGCUACAUCAUUGGGUCCAUGUCGGCGCUCGUCGACCAAAUGCAAACAAAAGGCACUAUCGCCAAGGAAAAGCUGGACCGCGUCAAGGAAUACAUGAACGAGCGCAACUUGCCAAAACCGCUCCGUGUGCGCAUUCGCAAGCACUUUGAGUUUUACUUGGCGCAAAAAGAGAUCUCGGCCGACUCGGACCUCGUCCACGAGCUCUCGGACGACCUCCGCACGCAGCUCGUCAUCCACUUGAACAAGGACGUGGUCACCAAAAUUCCAUUCUUUGCCAACCAAGACGACGCGUGCAUCUCGUACCUCAUGGGCAUUCUCAACCAAGAGUGCUUUACGCCCGGCGAGUUUGUCUUUCGCGAGGGCGAGUUUGGGCGCCACAUGUACUUUCUUGUCAAAGGCACGGUCGACGUCGUCAUCAACGCCAACACGCCCCAGGAAAUGCUGUGCAAGGUACUCUCGGAAGGCUCGUACUUUGGGGAGCUUGCGAUGCUCUUGAACUCCAAGCGCUCGGCGAGCAUUCGCUGCAAGACGUUUGGCAUCCUCUACGUCCUGAGCCGCAGCGGCAUGGACCAUAUCCACUCGCACUACCCUAAUAUCUCCAACCAUAUCAUGAAGGAGAUCCGGGCCAAAUUGCUCAAAAUUCAAAAAGAGGCCGACGCGCGCGAGGCGUCGUCGCAGAACGUACCGCGCUUCCCGACCCAGCAACCGGUCGUGACCGACAAGGCGCUGCUGGACGCGUACGCCACAGUCGACAGAAUCAUCGUCAAGCUCGUCAACUUUUACGGCGACGGCGACAAGUCCAAGCAUCGCGCGAUCGCGACCUUGGUGAGCCGGCUCAAGAAGUUUGAUUUUGACGGACAGUCGGUCUACGACGCCCCGAAACAGGCCGAGCCCAAGAAGAACGAGGCUGUACGGCGCCAGUUUGCCAAGGUCGGCCGCAAGCUCAUUGUCAACAUGAAUGCAUUCACGGUCGAGCCCAAGAGGACGACGCCAGAGACGCGCUGGACUAGCAUGCCAAGCCACGCGGACGAAGCCAAGGGACCCCGUGCACGCGUACUCAUCGACUCGCUCGAGGCGGCGGGCGAGUCAUCGAGCCGCCGCGUCACCGGCCCGUCCUUGACCGACAUCGAGACGUCGUAGCGUGUCGUAU